UGGAUAACACAAUGAUGUGGAAAAUGGGACCGCAUUUCACCACACUGUUGGCCAUGUGGCUGGUGUGCGGAUCAGAAUCUCAUUCUCCUAUCUUGGAUAGAGACAGUCACCCAGUGGGCAAAGUCUCUUUGGCCUCUCCAAUCAGCACUAGGUCCGCCCGGUAUCUGAGGCACGCAGGGAGGUCCGGUGGAACUGAGAAAUCCACUCAGGAAGAACCAAAUCUUCAGCCUUCUCCAAGGAGGAAGAGUGUACCAGUGUUGAGAUUAGCUCACCCGACCGUGAGGCCAACCCCCUUAGGUGUCGAUGGAGUCCCAGUCAGACCUGACUUGAGACAGAUCGCUAGGAGCUCUCCGCGUGAGAUGGUCCGUGAUGAGGGGUCUUCUGCUCGGUCAAGAAUGUUGCGUUUCCCUUCUGGGUCCAGUUCUCCCAAUAUCCUGGCCAGCUUUGCCGGGAAGAACCGGGUGUGGGUCAUCUCAGCCCCUCACGCCUCAGAGGGCUACUACCGACUCAUGAUGAGCCUCCUGAAGGAUGAUGUGUAUUGUGAGCUGGCUGAGAGGCACAUUCAACAGAUCGUGCUCUUCCACCAGGCCGGUGAGGAAGGGGGCAAGGUACGAAGGAUCACCAGUGAAGGCCAGAUCCUCGAGCAGCCCCUGGACCCCAGUCUCAUCCCAAAGCUGAUGAGCUUCUUAAAACUGGAGAAGGGCAAGUUUAGCAUGGUGCUGUUAAAGAAGACUCUGCAGGUGGAGGAGCGCUACCCUUAUCCCGUCAGGCUGGAGGCCAUGUAUGAGGUCAUUGAUCAAGGCCCCAUCCGUCGGAUCGAAAAGAUCAGACAGAAGGGUUUCGUCCAAAAGUGUAAGGCCUCGGGCAUAGAGGGCCAUGUGGUCCAGGAAGGGAACAAUGGUGGUGGAGGAGCUGGAAGCACGGGCCUGGCCAGUGAGAAGAGGAAAGAGGACCCAAGGAGAGUACAAGUCCAUCCUACUAGAGAGCCUCAGAGAAAGUUGGUCACCACCAAGGCAGCCACUCCCCAACCUCCCCCAACCCCAAGGGCCACCACUCUUCUUCCUACUCCAGUGACAAUGGUCACUCGUGCCACAUCCCGGAUGGUGACAGUAGCUGCAAGACCUACAACCACGACUGCCUUUCCAACCACCCAGAGGCCCUGGACAUCCCGGCUGCAUCCUUUCUCAGUCUCCCACGGGCCUCCUGCAGCAACUGAGGUGACCACGGCCAGGGGCACUUCCGUUUCAGAGCAGCUCUACCCUCUGUCUCGGAAGGAGCAACAAAGGGAGAAGCCACAGGCCACCAGGAGGCCCAACAAAGCCACCAACCAUGGGGGCUUCACAGCAGCCCCACCCACCACCCUCUGGGAGGGCAGCACAAGAGCUGUGGGCACAAGUCGUUUCCGCGACAACCGGACAGACAGACGAGAACAUGGCCAUCAGGACCCAAAUGUGGGGCCGGGUCCUCACAAGAACGCAAAGGGGAAGCCGCCCAAAAAGAAGGACAAAAUUCUCAGCAAUGAGUAUGAAGCGAAGUACGACCUCAGCCGGCCCACGGCCUCUCAAGGGGAGGAGGAACUGCAGGUGGAUAAUAUUCCCUCUCAGAAUGCAAAGGAGUCGAAAAAGCCCGAAAAGCUCGGGAAACCUGAGAAGGAGAAGAAAAAAAAAGGGAAGGGUGUGAAACCAGACAAGCUACUCAAGAAUGAAAAGCAAGCGAAGAAAGCCGAGAAAAAGAGCAAGCAGGAGAAAGAAAAGAACAAGAAGAAGAAGGCUGGUAAACCAGAAGAGGAUGCCUAUCAGAAGCCCACACCAAAGCAACUCACACCAAGCCCCAAGAAGUCAGUGAGCGACCUGCUGGGCUCUUUCGAAGGCAAACGAAGACUCCUCCUGAUCACCACUCCCAAGGCUGAGAACAACAUGUAUGUGCAGCAGCGGGAUGAGUAUCUGGAGAGCUUCUGCAAGAUGGCUACCAGGAGGAUCUCUGUGAUCACCAUCUUUGGUCCUGUCAACAACAGCACCUUGAAGAUUGACCACUUCCAGCUAGAUAAUGAGAAACCCAUGCGUGUGGUGGAUGAUGAGGACUUGGGAGACCAACAUCUCAUUGGCGAGCUGAGGAAAGAGUACGGAAUGACCUACAAUGACUUCUUCAUGGUGCUGACAGAUGUGGACCUGAGAGUCAAGCAAUACUAUGAAGUUCCAAUAGCAAUGAAGUCUGUGUUCGAUCUGAUUGAUACUUUCCAGUCCCGAAUCAAAGACAUGGAGAAGCAGAAGAAGGAGGGCAUAACCUGCAAGGAGGACAAGAAACAGUCCCUGGAGAAUUUCCUAUCCAGGUUCCGAUGGAGGAGGCGGUUGUUGGUGAUCUCUGCCCCUAAUGAUGAAGACUGGGCCUAUUCACAACAGCUCUCUGCCCUCAGUGGCCAAGCAUGCAAUUUUGGUCUUCGUCACAUAACCAUUUUGAAGCUUUUGGGCGUCGGAGAGGAGGUUGGAGGCGUCUUAGAACUGUUCCCAAUUAAUGGGAGCUCCACUGUUGAGCGGGAAGAUGUACCAGCCCACUUGGUGAAAGAUAUUCGCAACUAUUUCCAAGUGAGCCCAGAAUACUUCUCCAUGCUUCUAGUUGGAAAAGAUGGGAAUGUCAAAUCUUGGUAUCCUUCUCCUAUGUGGUCGAUGGUCAUUGUGUAUGACUUAAUUGAUUCCAUGCAACUUCGAAGACAGGAAAUGGCCAUUCAGCAGUCACUGGGAAUGCGCUGCCCAGAAGAUGAGUAUGCAGGAUAUGGUUACCAUAGCUACCACCAAGGCUACCAGGAUGGCUACCAGGAUGACUACCGUCAUCAUGAAAGUUACCACCACGGAUAUCCUUACUGAACCCUAUUCUCAUCAAGAUUCCCCUUCAUCUACUAACGCUGUGUGUGGCGAGCUACACAAGGGAAGUCCUCCAUACUCCACAUCCCCUGCCCUUUUCUUUCAGUGUUCUUCCAAGAUUAAAGGAAUAGUAAACUUUCCCCUACUCAUGAGUUGUUACUGAGACAUUUAAAAGAAUUCUCUAACUUGAUAACAGGAUACCUGGUGCUAAAUAAUUGUACUGAAAAAAUAGAUAGUAUCUUUCUUUUCUUAUAAUAGCUAUAAUUUGAUAUGCCAAUUUUAAUAAAGUGUUUAUAUAUCUUUUCAUCAUUUUAUAUUAAUUUGUAAGUGAAAACUAUGUUAAAGAUCACAGUACAGAUGUUUUCAGAAAAACAUCUGGAUAGACACAGAAGACAACAGAUGCCUUUUUCUCCUUUUAUAGUUCUGACUGAUCUAGAACUCACCGUGUAAACUGAGCUGGCUUCAUACUCACAGGUCUCCACUUGACUCUGCCUCCCAAAUGUUGAGACUGAAGGCAUGAGUCACCCUGUCUGGCUACAGGUAGCUUCUAAAUACUUUAAAUAUCAGCCUAAAAUUAUUUACAACAGUUCUUUACCAUAUGAAAUUCUUUUCUGAAACCUGGUAACACUAGAGUUAUAUUGGCCUUCAACUAUAAAACAAUGUUCUUUAUAAAAACACAAUUGUCUAACUUGGUAGCAUUUAUGAAGCUAGUCUUUCUAGCUUUGAGGAUAAAAUAUUACAUACAGAGGUUCUGUACUGAUGUUGAUUUUUUUUGAGAGUGACUGAAGCCUUUCUUGGCUCUCAGCAGCCUAGGGGACAAGGUGCCAGAUGGCCAUCAGAGUCACCUCUCAAAUUUGCUGAAAGGAGUGAGUAAAAUGAAAUUAGAUUUAUUGAGCAAAAGUGAGAGAGAUUCCCAAGAACUCCAGGGUGGGAGGGGGUUUUGAGAGACAGAAAACGGCUUCGGCUUUAUAGAAUAUUGUUAAUGACAACUCUGAAAAUUCACUUUAAGA